AUGAAUUUUAAACAGCAGUGUGUGGGACUCAAUGAUGGACACAUUAUGCCUAUACUGGGCUACGGCACUGCUCAAAAUCCAGAGGUUCCUAAGAGUAAGAUUUUGGAGUCUACUAAAAUAGCAAUAGAUAUUGGAUUCCGCCAUAUUGAUUCUGCUUAUGUGUACCAAAAUGAAAAGGAGACAGGACAGGCUAUUCGAAGAAAGAUUGCAGAUGGUGUUGUGAAGAGAGAAGAUAUAUUCCUCACUACAAAGCUUUGGUCUACAUUCCAUCGACCAGAACUAGUCAAAGUUUGCUUACAAAGAUCACUGGAAAACUUUCAACUAGAUUAUGUUGACCUCUAUAUUAUUCAUUUACCAAUGUCAAUUAAGCCAUCAGAGAAGACGUAUACAAAAAAUGAAAAUGGAAAAAUAUUAUUUGAGACUGUAGAUCUCUGUGCUACAUGGGAGGCCAUGGAGAAGUGUAAGGAUGCAGGACUUGUCAAGUCCAUCGGGGUGUCCAACUUUAACCGUAGGCUGUUAGAGAUGAUCCUGAACAAGCCAGGGCUCAAGUACAAGCCUGUGUGCAAUCAGGUAGAAUGUCAUCCUUAUCUGAACCAGAGCAAGCUGUUGGAUUUCUGCAAGUCAAAAGAUAUUGUUCUGGUUGCCUAUGGAGCCCUGGGAUCUCAGCGCCCUAAAAUCUGGGUAGACCAGAAUGCCCCAUUUCUUUUGAAUGAUCCAGUUCUUUGUGCCAUGGCCAAAAAGCACAAUAAAAGUCCAGCUCAGAUUGCCCUUCGCUACCAGGUGCAGCGUGGGGUCAUUGCCUUGGCUCAUAGCUAUGAAGAGAAUGAGAUGAAGGAGAACAUUCAGGUACUUGAAUUCCAGUUGCUUCCAGAGGAUAUGGAAGUCAUCGAUGGACUGAACAGAAAUUUCAGAUAUUUUCCCAUGAACUCCCAGGAGAGAAUUAUCUUCCAACAGAUGAGAAUGGCAAAGCCAUAUUUGACACAGUGGAUUUCCAUGCCACCUGGGAGGCCAUGGAGAAGUGUAAGGAUGCAGGACUGACCAAUUCCAUUGGGGUGUCCAACUUUAACCGCAGGAAGCUGGAG